ACUUCUUUGCUCUAGAGGGUUAGAAGUAAAACAGAUGUUAUCUUAGAAGUGCAAUUAAAAAGGAAAUAAAAACAGAGCAUUGCAUUUUGGGGUAGGACAGACUCAUAGGAAGCUUCAAACUAGUAAGAAGACAUCAAUUUUUCUGUACCUGGUCAGCUGCUGUAUCUUUGGAGAAGGAUGCUGUCAGAAGGUUAUCUUCAUAGAAUCACCUACUUUUGUGAAGACCUGAACCCUGCACCCUACAAGAGUUUGCCUGAUGAAGGGGUGUAUGAAAUGAGGUCCAUUAAUUAUUCUUCCACGUGCGAAGCACAAGGAAAAAGCCUCCUUCAGAGAUGCAGAUCUGCUGGCAAGUGCAUUUCCUCAGUCUACUCUAGAGGUAGCAAGCACAGCAGAAGGCAGAAGGAUAAUCUCCCACAGCCUGUCCAGCACCCAACACCCACAGGGCAGCCACCUCCAGCUACACAUGUCUGCGACGAGCUGAUGAAAAAGGUCACCUACCUGGUUCCACCUUCCUGCAAGAGCAUUUGUAAGAAUUACAACGAUUUGCAUAUAGCUGGGGACUAUGUGGUGCCAAUUAGCUCAGUCACAACAGAUUUUGCUUGUGACAGCGGCAUAGGCCCCUUCUUGGAGUCCUCAGAGAUUCCUCCCGCCAUGGAGUCUGUGAAGGCUCCCCCCACAAGUGACACUGUCCGCAGGCCAGUCCAAGGCUACUCCUCGUGCUGGCGGCUGACGAGCUUAGGGCCCCACCUGCAGCCCCUCUCCGACUCCGCCCUGAACGACUACCUUGAGCAGAAGCUGGUGGAACUGUACAAGCAGUACAUCAUGGACAGCACAGCAAACAGGGCAUCCCCCACCCAGAUCCUGGCCUCGGAGCUAAUCAUGACUAACGUGGAUCAAAUCACCAUGCAGAUAUCACGGGAAAGGAACAUGGAGGCUGUCAAAGCCAAAGACAUUGUCAUUAGCCGCUUCUUACAAAUUGCCAGUGGGAAGAUUUCCUCAGAAAUGAGCACACCUACUCUGCAUAUUUCCCAAUAUAGUCACAUUAAUGCUUAGUGUUUGAAUGUUAGAACGUUUGUAUAUUUUUCAAAGUCAGUUUUUAGUUUAAGAUACUUCUUAAUAAAAAUGUGUUUACCAUCCACCACUUAAAUAAAACCUUUCAGUACAUAUUAAAUAAGGAAAACUACAGAUACUCCUGUCCUGUGCAGCUCCUAUUGUGGACCAGUAAGUUGUUUGUUUUUUUUUUUUUUAAGUGUUUUUAGUGAACCUCAGACAUUAAAAAAGUUUCAUAGAAAAAUGACUAAGAGCAGGUGAAGCUCUUCCACAUGCUCAGGUGUUUGUUUUCUUCUUUCAUACUUAAUACAUCAUUUCAAAUUUCCUCUCUCUGGCAUCUGCCAUCCUACCCUGGGUCUGUGCUUGUGCAGGCUGACACUCAUGCAAGGACAAGCAAGCACAGUGAUGGCACAGCCACAGAAAUACAGAAUUUAGGAUGCCAUCUAGUUCACCUCCCUGCCCUUAAAGGCUUUACUUAGGACAUCCUUCCCAGAAGGUUUUAUAAUUUGUUCUUAAAGAUAUUGAGGGAUAGACACUUUGCUGUUCUUUCUAUGCUAACCCUAAUUAUUUAAUUGGUGUCUUCCUGUUCAAGAGUUUCCACCACUUUUUGUGAAGGACAAGCUCUGUUUCCAAACAGACAUCAUCCUCAGGAGUGUGUGUGUAAACCUCUGUGGUUUGCACUGACUUGAACCCUCACAAUGAGCACUGGGGACCUGUGAUCACAGACAGACACCACUUUUACCAGGUACUUACACACCUGACGCCGUGGAAGGGACAUGUGGGGACAGUGGUGGUAAUAAAUAGAGAAGAGGAAGGAGAAUUCAGCUUUGUUAAAAGAAUUGCACUUUAAAGAAAAACGGUUACUCCAAAGUCCAUUGGAUUAAUGUGAUCAGUGCCCUGGAAUGCAGAGGAAAAGCUGAAAUGGAGGGUUCAACAGCAUGGCUGAACACUUAUUUUGUUAGGAUUGUUGUGUCAUAGGUCAAGAUCAUUUGAACCUGAUGUAUUUCUGAUAGAAGGUCCUAUUUGGAAAAAUUUCACCAAGUCUUAAAAAAGAAGAAAAAACAAAUAAGCAGAGCUGCCUCAUGGCAAGGGUUGGUACCUACUCUGUGUUCAUAAUGUAAAAUGUAUUGACAAUGCCAAUCCACCAUUGGUUGAAGCUCUGUCAGUAUAAUAUAAAUACUAAUUUAUAGUAAAUGUUCAUAAAAUGA